AUGAGUGGCCGCCAGCAGCGCGUGAUGGUUCAGCCCAUCAAUGUGAUAUUUCGGCACCUGCAACAAAAAUCCAAAGCUAUUAUCUGGCUCUACGAUAAUGUCGAAAUGAGAAUACACGGGCGUAUCAUUGGGUUCGAUGAAUUUAUGAAUGUAGUUGUCGAUGAAGCUGAGGAGGUCUAUGCUAAAGACUCAAAACCUAGGCGAAGCGUUGGUCGCAUUCUCCUCAAGGGAGAUAACAUCACGCUUAUUCAACCAGCCCAAUAA